ACUGAAAAUAGCCAUUUGUGCUAAAGCUAAACGUUCCGCUCGCUUCCUCGAGACGGGAAGGCGUUUGAUUGGCGCCGUUUUUCUGAUGGGAAAAAGUUUCCUGGUGGUCUCGCUCACUGCUAGUCUGAUUUAAUAACUUUUAUUUUAGUUUUUUUUAGAAAACCCGAAGCAGACCGAAAACAAAGACAAGAUGCCUAAAACGAUUAGUGUGAGAGUCACCACUAUGGAUGCUGAGUUAGAGUUCGCCAUUCAGCCCAACACAACAGGAAAACAACUCUUUGACCAGGUUGUUAAGACCAUUGGGCUGCGGGAGGUUUGGUACUUCGGACUCCAGUACCAAGAUACAAAGGGCUUCUCUACAUGGCUCAAGCUCAAUAAAAAGGUGACAGCCCAGGAUGUGAGGAAGGAAAGCCCACUGUUGUUUAAAUUCCGUGCCAAGUUCUUCCCCGAGGACGUGUCCGAGGAGUUAAUCCAGGAUGCCACACAGCGGCUGUUCUUCCUGCAGGUGAAGGAGGGAAUACUAAAUGAUGACAUCUACUGCCCGCCAGAGACAGCAGUGCUCCUGGCCUCCUAUGCGGUGCAGGCCAAGUAUGCUGACUAUAACAAAGAAGUCCACACCCCAGGGUAUCUGAACAACGAAAAUCUGCUCCCUCAGAGAGUGCUUGAUCAGCACAAACUCAGCAAGGAGCAGUGGGAAGAGAGGAUUCAAGUUUGGCAUGAAGAGCACAAGGGCAUGAUAAGAGAGGAGUCCAUGAUGGAGUACCUGAAGAUCGCUCAAGACCUGGAGAUGUACGGCGUCAACUACUUCAACAUCAAGAAUAAGAAAGGAACAGAGCUGUGGUUGGGAGUGGAUGCUCUGGGACUCAACAUUUAUGAACAGAAUGACAAAAUGACGCCCAAGAUUGGUUUUCCAUGGAGUGAAAUUAGGAACAUUUCCUUCAACGACAAGAAGUUUGUCAUUAAACCAAUUGACAAGAAAGCACCGGACUUUGUGUUUUAUGCUCCCAGACUGCGCAUAAACAAGCGUAUUCUGGCUCUGUGCAUGGGCAACCACGAGCUGUACAUGCGUCGCCGUAAACCUGACACUAUUGAAGUGCAGCAGAUGAAGGCUCAGGCUCGUGAGGAGAAGAACCACAAGAAGAUGGAGAGAGCUCUGCUGGAGAAUGAGAAGAGGAAACGAGAGCUUGCCGAAAAGGAAAAAGAAAAGAUUGAAAAGGAAAAGGAAGAAUUAAUGGAGAGAUUAAAGCAGAUUGAAGAGCAGACUAAAAAAGCUCAGCAAGAGUUGGAGGAGCAAACACAGAAGGCUCUGGAGCUGGAGCUGGAGAGGAAGCGAGCACAAGAAGAGGCUGAACGCUUGGAGUCCGACCUGAAGAGUGCCGAGGAUGCCAAGAUGGCUCUGCUGCAACAGUCAGAGAACCAGAUGAAGAACCAAGAACACCUGGCCACAGAGCUGGCUGAUCUGACCUCAAAGAUCUCCCUCCUGGAGGACGCCAAGAAAAAGAAGGAAGAGGAGGCAAAUGAGUGGCAACAGAAGGCUACCAUGGUGCAGGAGGAUCUGGAGAAGACCAAAGAAGAACUUAAAAACAAAAUUAUUAAUGUUCAAGAGCCCCUCAAUGCCGAGAACGAUCACGACGAGAACGAUGAGAGCAGCGCUGAGGCCAGUGCCGACUUCACAGCCGCCGCCACGUACAAGGACCGCAGCGAAGAGGAGCGCAUGACUGAGACUGAGAAGAACGAACGUCUGCAGAAGCAUCUACUCGCUUUAAGCUCAGAGUUGGCCAAUGCUCGAGAUGAGACCAAGAAAACAGUCAACGACGUCAUCCACGCAGAGAACAUGAAAGCUGGACGAGACAAGUAUAAGACCCUUAGACAGAUCCGGUCAGGAAACACCAAACAGCGCAUUGAUGAGUUUGAAUGCAUGUGAUUCCUGCGAUAUCCCAUGCAAAAGCCCAGCUGGGCCACCCUGCCUGGACUGCAUUCCUGCCUCACUCAAGCUGUUUCUCUGUACGCAAAUAAAUCAGAUCCAUGACCUGACAAGGAUGCACCCCAAAACGUACAAACAUGGAUCUUUAUCAUUCUUAAGUUUCCAAAUAGACAAGUCACUGGUUGAAAAGGGACAUACUUUAUUUUGCUAGUACAUUAUGUAGCAUUUUAGUAAAAGGCUCACGACACAUUUCAUGAGACAGUGAGAAAGCAUUUGUAUUCUUUACAGCUUUCGAUCACUGUUGUGUCAAAUUUAAGUUGGAAUCCAGUCAAAAUUUCAGUUUAAAAACUGUGCCUGUAGAAAUAUUUUAGCUGUUUGUCACAGCAAGUUGUAUUUUUCAGACAUGAACAUACAACAAAUUCUCAUAAUAUAAUUUUGAAUUGACUGGGUGGAGUAUUACUAAAGCAGUAUUAUUUUUGUAAAUGCACAAUUUAUUAUUUUUGGCAUUAAAGUAUUCUUAGUUCGCUUUCAAGUCAGUUUGCAGUUGCAAACCUUCGGUGUGAACACAUCCAGGAAUUUUGAAAGCAACAUGAAAAGAAUUAGCUUUUCUGUUACAAAUCAUUCAGUGAUGCCUGUAAAACAUUUUACUAGCUGCAGGUUUUUUCUGGUGUACAUACAUGGAAAACCUCAGCGUGGUUGAAAUGUUACCUGCCUUUUCAUUAUGUACACAGCACACGUCAGUGGAAACUGUCCAGUUAUCACUUUUUGGAAUUGAAUGUAAAUCAGUGUCAUCCAUUCAACCUUACAUUAGCAAUAAGGUAGUGCUUAUUGCAAAUUUGAUCUUACAGAAGCUUAAAGCGUUUCAUUCUAGUUUUAUCCUGCAGCUUUUUGAUACUGCUCAUCUGUGAAGACGUUUGAUAACCAAAAUACACUUUUCUGCAUUGACUGGACGACAAACAGCAUAAGGAAGUACACUGUUGUUAUGUGUCAGAUUGGCUGUGAAAGCUGAACAAAUGCCAAUAAAGUCAUUGAUGAAGGUGGAAAUAAGAUCCUAACUUCUCAGUCAUUUGUUUUUUAUUUAUCGUGAAUCCUAAUAAAAUUAGAUCUAAUAUUAAAAUAAAACAUUACGUCUAAUAGGAGCAAUUCAAUUUAAUAUUCAGUAUGUUUUUUAAUACAUGUGGGAAUUUCAAAAUUGGGAACUUUCAUGUGUUAUAUUAUAAUGUAAGGCAUAGAAAGGACACUGAGAAGUGAACAAACACACUUGUGCCAAUUUUUCUCUAGCUUUCAGACUUUCAGGGUUUUGCUUGUUCAUAGGUUUUUAGAAAUUAGUUUUUGAAAGAUUUACUUACACAUUUUUGAAAAUGUAUUUUAGUAAUAUUUUAGUUUUGACAUUCUUGAACCUUUGUACCAAGACACAAUUUGAUAUACAGUAUUUUUGCCCAUUACUUAUAUCUUUUAGAAAAUACAAAUGGAAGCAACUGAUGCUAAUUUGAAAAAUGUUUUUAUGCCUUGGAUGAUAUCUUUGAUAAUGCUGCACUGUAUGUUGUACCUGAAGGGCUGAUGGCCUUCCUUUGCCAAGUGUAAUUUGACUCAAAUCAAUUUAAUAAAAUGUGCUACCCA